AUGGCAAAUACAGCAAACACUUCUAUACAAACACACACACCGUUUUCAAUCGCCGAUAUUUUAACAAGAAGACAUAAAAACAAUAAUAUCACUAAAGAGUCAGAUAACUCUUAUCUGUCGAAUAAGAGCUAUCUUGGGGAUAAAACCAUUGGUGGGCAAAACGAAGACCAAGCUUUGGAUAUGAGACGGAAUCACAUAUUACAGGAUAGUUCUGAUAGCGAUUCAGCGAUGUCAAACUUACAUCAGGACAGAUUUCGUGAAUCGAUUUCGCCAAUUUGUCGAAAAAAGAGAUCCAGGGCCGCAUUCAGUCAUGCACAGGUUUACGAAUUGGAACGUCGUUUUUCCACCCAGAGAUACCUAAGUGGCCCCGAACGUUCAGAGUUGGCUAAAGCACUCAGACUGACAGAAACGCAGGUCAAGAUUUGGUUCCAGAACCGAAGAUAUAAAACUAAACGAAAACAGUUACAACUCCAAGAAUCAGCAAUGUUAGCAAAACGCGUCGCCGUCAAAGUCCUCGUACAUUCUAACCAGCAAAACGCACCAGUCGACUACCACCAUCACCAUCACCAAAUUCUAAAUCCGAAUGCAACUUCGUUAAACUUCGACUCGGGCACGAACUUGUACGGAAACAGCCGACAAGGCGACAGCAGUCAGAUGAGGCAGAUCCUGCAGCAACAGCUGCUGAAUCAGCAGCUACUUUACAGACAACAAUUAUCACCGGUAACACGUUUUGUAGAUUAUUCAUCCAAUGAUGUCUUGAGUCAAGUUUAUCAGCAGCAGUUGCAACUUUAUGCAGCCAACCCCGCCGCUCUUUCGUACAUGUGCUGCCCUCCUGUGCCGGAGUUACACACUGCAGCCGACGUUUCGAGGCAAAGAGAAGACAAACAAAGGCCUUCAUCAGUGAAAAAUGAUUUAGAAAAUAGUGAUGAUAAAAAGAGUUUAGAGUUAUUAAAAAUAAAGUUAAUAUAA